AUGAACUUGAGUCGAAUCGUGGAGCUAGCAACACGGAUUCAAGAACUGGCGAAGGAGCGUGAAAGUUAUCUACAGGAAAAUGACAUCCAGUCUCCAAGCUUUGACGAAGACGGUCCCGUUGAGCUGCGCCUCUCAGGACACAUGUUAGCAGCCCGCGAAGAAGUCUUGUCGUCCACUCUUGAGCAUCAUAACCUUUUCUUGGGGCCGUCGAAUUGCCUUCGUCCGGUGUUGAAUGGCGUGAGCCUCCAGGCAAUCUACAUAUUCGACAUCGCGCGCCAUGUCCCUGUGCACGGAGUAAUCUCUUUCAAAGAACUUGCUGAGAAAUAUGGUCUGGACGCGGCCAACUUGCGUCGCACACUACAAUUUGCCAUGGCAUACCACCAUGUCUUCCGAGAGCCCCGGAAGGGAUUUGUUGGUCAUACUGCGGCCUCACGCAGGCUGGUAGAUGAUCCCACCGCACGUGCUGGACUCGGGUACAUGUUUAAAAAAGUGUGGCAGGGGUUUUCCCAUACACUCCCUGCAUUGGAGCAAUAUCACAGCGAUGAUCCUGGGCGAACGGGCUGGGCUCACUAUCACAACACCGACAUGCCUCCUUGGCAAUACUACUCAUCUCACCCCGAGAUGGCUGGACGCUUUGCCGUGGCGAUGUUCUCAUUUGCCAAUGGCCACCACAAUGCACCGUCCUUCCUCGUCCAGGGCCUGCUAGCCCCGCACUAUCCCGAGCUCCGCUUGAUCGUCCAGGACUUGCCGAGUAUGGUCGACGGCGCAGCGGAGAGUCUGCCAACUGACGUGCGGGAUAAAGUGACAUUUCAGGCGCACGACUUCUUCACGCCGCAACCUGUCCAGGCCAAUGCGUACCUUUUCCGGAACAUCUUCCACAACUGGUCUGACUCGCAUGGCGUCCAGAUUCUUCAGGCGCUGGUACCAGCCUUGCGACCCGGGGCUCGGAUUAUUGUGAGCGACUACCUGCUCCCUGAGCUAGGAACACUGUCCCUGCUGAAAGAGCGUGCUGUCCGAGAUGGGGACAUGAUCAUGUUUAGACUCUUCAAUUCCAAAGAGCGAGAAGAAGCGGACUGGAUUGAGUUGUUCCGCAAGGCUGAUUCUCGCUUUGCCAAGCUACGUAUCUGGACGCCCGAAGAAGCAUGGAUGGCUAUCAUUGAGGCCGUGUGGGAGCCAUGA